AUGUUUGCUUGCUGUCUUUUCAUGGCGGUGUUUAUCUUCACAACGGCUCCUCUAUUUUCUCUAGGAAACAACGUUUCAACGGGCAUUGGAUUUAGUGAAAUAUUCCAGAAUGCUCCUCGUAGCCAUUCCCAAAGCAAAAAGAUUUUGACUUCAAUGGAUGUCCCAGCAGCUUUGAUGAGGUUGUACCGCAAGUAUGCCAAACAAAAUCAGCAUGUUGGAAGAAAUUCCGAGAGGCCUGAUACAUUCUAUUGUUACGUCGGGAAAGGCCUCCCUGGAAACAAAGGAAUUUUCUUCAAUCUGAGUUCCUCUCAAAUUCAUACCAACAAAAUAGUUCAAUCAGCCGAGAUUCUAGUGACAGUUGAACUACGCAUUGGUCCUAUCCCACCACUCUUCUGGAGUAGUCACCUUGUUCUGUUCGAUCAGUUUGACUGCAAACCUGUGUAUUCAGUCAAGAUUCAGGGGGGAGGUUUGAAGUCUAUUUCGUUCCCUGCCCACUCCUUGGUGAAGCGAUGGAUUAGCUCCCCUCAUCUGAAUCAUGGAGUCUACAUCAGUUUACAGGGAGACCAAGCUAUGGAUGAAGCUUCCUUCGGAGUGAUAUUUAAUGAUACUAGUGCAGGAGAGUAUGGUAGACCACUGUUACUGGUGCGAACGCAGUCCAAGACAGAAGAAGAGGACACUUCAUUUUCUCAGAAACGUCAGGGUAAAAAGAGUCUCAUGUCACCAAAGCCAAGACCUCCCCGCUCCAUCCAAAACCAAUUACCUUGCUCCCGGCAUCCUAUGCGGGUUGAGCUUCGUAAGACUCUGAGGUGGAAACAUGUUGUCAUUCCCCAGUUCUAUGAGGCUUACAGAUGUGCAGGAGCUUGCAGAUUUCCACUGGGCACAAACGUGAACCCAACUGACCACGCCAUCAUUCGGGCAAUUUUGUUUUCAGCCGGAAAAGACAAAGGAACUGGGAAGCCCUGCUGUGUUCCUGUUAAGUUACGGGGCAUAAGCGCCAUCGAGUACCGAAAUGGCGAAUUUCAAAUGCUCUACCAUGAUGAUAUGGUUGUUCAGCAAUGUGGAUGCCGCUAG